AUACCAAUCGCCAGGAGUUCUCAUUUCUUAUCUAAAAAAGUAUUCUGUAGAGGGUAAAUUUCGUUUUCGUAAUAAAUUAAUAUUAUGUAUAAAAUAUGCAAUUUAAAGUAUUGACGAUUACUUUAGAGUAGUAAUUUUAAAGUAUUUGACAUUAGUAAUAAAUCAUUCAUAGUAUUUGAUAAUAUCAGUACGGUUAUUAUACAAAAACCUCUAUUUUAAAUAUUAAAGUCAAUACUAUUAGACAAUAUUUGUUGAUCAUAUAUCUAGACAAUAUGAUCUAAGGUAUUAUAAUUGAGUUACUAUUUAAAGCCAAAAUGAAUAUAUCAACUGAAAUUGAACUGGGACUGAAACGGUUGUGUAACCCAGCACUGAUAAAUGACAAAUGUUUCCAAACAUUACUGCAGAAGGCUGGAAAGAUUCUGGGAACAUUGUUAGAUGAUACUUCGGAACAAACAUUAGAUGCUGAAUCGACCACAUGCAUUACGUCUAAACAAGAUAUUGCUAAAGAAGCAUAUGCUUCAUUAGUAACUCUGUUUACAAUUGCUAGUCGACAUUGCCUGGAUGGAAAGUCAUUGAAUCAACACUUACAAACAUUAGUUUUGGCUAAUACCGAUCGUUUACCAGAGAUUAUUAAAACCUACGAAUCUAUUAGACCACGUCUUGUGGAAGUUGCCAAGAUUACCACUACAUCUUUGGCUAAUGUGGUAGACGUUGAAUGCCGCCUCGAUUACUGUGUACAAUCUAGUGUUUUUGACGAUGUAUCUGAAUUCUUAUACAAAGUGCGGCUGAAGACAAUAGACAAUGGUACAAUAAAAUACAUUGACUUCGUCUGCAGUACACAAGAACUUCAAGAACUAGUGUUUAAGUUAAAGGAUGCAGUUCGUCAUUUAGAAAAACUUUCUUCAGCCAGUUAAGAUUCAUAAAAUAUUUUACCAUAUUCAAUCUAUACUAUGUAUUUGCUCAUUCCUAAUUGUUCUUAUUAGGUACAUAAUAUAUUUUAUUACAGUCUUAAAUCUUAAUAUAUUAUAUAUUUUAGAUUUCUACAAGACAUUAAAUUAAAUUAAUAUUGGGGAAAACAUUCACUUUUAACAAUGAUAAACAUAAAAAAAAAAAUAAUAAACAGAAUAUUUAA